AUGUCUGCAACAGAGGUUCCCGACCCCGAUACCGUGCGGCCCAUCGUACCUCAUCAGGACGAUGAGGCUAAGAAGUCAAUGGCACACGUCGAGCGGACCGACUCAGCCGCCGAUGAUGUUGAACUCAAGACUGGUCACUUGAACCAGGACAAGGUCGACAAAGAGAUCGCCAAGUACAUGUCAGAAGCGCGGAUUGAAAUCACACCUGAGGACAAUAUACGGCUUCGCAAACUGAUCGAUCGUCGCGUCCUAGUCGUCAUGAUAGUCACAUACUUUCUGCAGGCUGUUGACAAGGGCACGUUGUCGUUCUCUUCGAUCAUGGGACUUCCCAAGGACACCGGUUUGACGACGCCAGAUGGUACCGUCACACAACAGUAUUCCUGGCUGACGACGUGUAUCUACAUAACCAUUCUCGUUGUGGAAUACCCGCAGAACUACAUCAUCGCGCGCGUGCCUGUGGCCAAAUACCUCGGCUUUUCCAUAACAGCAUGGGGGGCUGUUCUGGCAUGCCACGCUGUUUGCCACAAUUUCACUGGACUCGUGACGGUCCGUACACUGCUCGGGCUUUUCGAGUCUGCUUGCCAACCCAUAUUCGUCGUGCUGUCGUCCAUGUGGUAUCGCCGGGAGGAGCAGGCCGCGACAGUUACGUACUGGUACAUGAUGAACGGUGCGCAACAGAUCGUGGGCGGGCUUCUCGCGUAUUGCUUCACUCUGAUCACCACCGGCCCCCUCAAGUCGUGGCAAUGGUUGUUCCUCUGCUACGGCAUCAUAUCGGUCUUCUUCGGUAUCUUCGUCUUCUUCUACAUGCCGGACUCGCCCAUGCGUGCCAAAUGUUUCACGGAAGCGGACAAGCACCUGAUGGUCGAGCGAGUUCGCGACAAUCAGACCGGUCUUCAAAAUCGAGUCUUCAAGAAGUCGCAGGUCUACGAUGCCCUGGCCGAUCCGCAGACUUGGUGUUAUGCUGCCAUACAGUUCACAACUACCCUCCCCACCUCUGGCCUCGGUGCCUUCGCCAAUAUCAUCAUCAGCAAGGGUUUGGGGUUCUCCAACCUCCAAACUCAGCUGCUAGCAAUGGUUCUUGGCUUCUACAUCAUCAUCGUGCUUCUGCUGUCCGUCUGGUUGGUCAAGAAGUUCAGCCAGAACGUGAUCACGAUGCUUGGCUUUGUUCUUCCAUCGUUUGUUGGCACGAUCCUGCUAAUGACGCUGCCCAACCAAACGUUCUCUCAGCACAUAGGCCUUCUGAUAUGCUACUAUAUCACGUUGUCCUUCUGGUCUGCACAGACGUUGGGGCUGUCCAUGAUGUCUCGGAAUGUGGGCGGUCAGACGAAGAAGACGGUAGUGGUUGCCCUCAACUUCAUCUUCUGGUCGGCCGGAAAUGCGAUUGCUUGGAUCGUCACAGGGCCGCAGGUGUUCCUUUCGAGAGAAGCACCUCGGUACUAUACGGCUUGGGCGACACACUUGGGCUGUUACAGCCUCCUCGUUGUGGUCCUGCUCUUCUUCCGUUGGCAUCUGACCAAGGAGAACAAGAAGCGCGAUCAAUUGGCCGCGGCUGGUGUAGGAGAGGCCAACGAUUCGAGCAUGGUUCACGCGUUUGAGGAUCUGACGGACAGGGAAAACCCCAAUUUCCGUUACGUGUUCUGA